CGUUCACACCUUUUUUUAUCAUCAACCGCGUCGGGCAAAGAUGAACACAUCGACGAACUCCUAUGCGAGGACCACAUCCGCAAACUAUCGCCCAGCGUACCUUUACUCGCAGCAGCAGCAAGCGCCGUCUCAUAUUUAUCCUAAUGUAGGCUAUUCUUCACAACUCCCUUAUGGCCACCAACAAACAGCAUUUCACCCGCAAAUGGUCGCGCCUUCAAAUUACGCGGCGUCCUACUCUGCUUUUCAAAGAAACACUGCCCUCAUUUUGCCGGUUCAUAGGGGGAAGAAACGUCAUCGAGGUGCGAGUCAAAUCAUAACCGGUGAUGACUCGGACGACGUUGGUGACUUUUUCGAAGACGAGGACAGGGGAACUCCCCCAUUGGAGAGACGCAUAACGGCGGGACUUUUCGCCGCAAACGGAGAGAGUCCUAUCGUAAAGCGACCGAGGGUUAAAACUAGGCAUAUUUACAGUUCUCAGAAAGACUUGGAUCGCAAUGCGGAACAUGAAGAGGUCCUAAUUCCGAUAAGGCUUGAUAUCGAUUUGGACACUCAUAAAUUACGUGAUACAUUUACUUGGAACCUCAAUGCCACAGAAUUUAUACUACCCAUUGCAGAGUCUAUAAGAAAACAAAUCCAAGAACAUUAUUCUAUAACGGAGAGUAGUUUUCCACCAGAAGAUUCGAGAAUCACGAUCAACCUCGAUAUCCAUGUUGGAAAAUUAAAUCUUCGUGAUCGAUUUGAAUGGGAUCUGAGUUCUGAUCUAACCCCGGAAGAGUUCAGUAAGAUUCUUGUAUCUGAUCUUGGAAUUGGCGGAGAGUUCGUUUCGGUGAUCGCGCAUAGCAUUCACGAACAAUUAUUAAAAUAUAAGAAGGAAAUGAAACCUGAUGAUUCGGAUAACGAGCGGGAGCCUUUGAAAUCUGUUUUUCGUUCGUUCGAGGAUGCCGAAGAGUGGUGUCCCGUACUAGAGAUAUUAACUAGUGAAGAGUUGGAGAAGAUUAGAUUGGAUCAAGAGAGGGAUAUAAGGUAA